GGAUGAUUCAAAAAUCAUCACGAGAUGCAGGCAAGUGAUACCCACCCAGUCACAUGGCACAGACACAUUGCCAUAUGACUCACUUGUUACCCUCAAAGUCGUACAGCAGAACAUGUUCGCGCCGCCCGCCAGGCGUCCACCAAAUAUGGUCACCUUUUGCUUUCAUCUAUUUUCCUGCCAUGUCUCAAUGACAAACGAAAAGCCUGGACAGAGCUCGGCCUACUAGAAAGAGCAGCAUUUGGUAAGGGCCCCAACAUACCUUCAUUCUUACCGGCCCAGCAUCGCCCCACUUCUCCUCACCCAUGGCACGCAUAGUGUAGAUCGCAAACAGCAUGUACCAAGUCGAUAUACUACACAAGAAGCCAACAUACAGGACAAAGAAAAGUGACGGUGCAAUUGAUGAGUCUCACCAGCAAAGGCCAGUCCAGAGACACAUAAGGCAUCUGCACCAUACUACACUGCUCUCAUAUUCCGCUCGCACCAUUGGCAGGUUGUUCCACCGAAUUAACACAACAAACAGCACGUGGAGAGACGAACAACAAAUGGGCCGCAAUGUGAGGUAUACGCUUUCGGGUCCCUGUGUUCCUUACCGCUUCGAAGGCACACUCGAUGAUGACCAGGACAAGUAGACGAGCCAUACCUUGUAGAAAGCUGACAUGCGACGAAUCACUGCCCCAUAUCUGAUUGCUUAUGAGAACCACCAGAUUCGAGAAAAGCAAGACGGUGACCUCCAGAAAGGCCCACACCCUGAUUUGCUCCGAUAAAGCUCUCAGGUAGCGAGGGCUCACGUCCAAAGAGGCGAGAGCCGAUUGUAGAUUGGUCGGGGGGUGAGACACGAUCGGCUCUUCCGCAAUGUAGGAAAGGCCCGCUCUCAGUAUUCGGCUACUCGUCAUGCUGGCAUUUUCGUGUCUCGCAGUGUCGUGGUCCUUGCGCGAGGACAAUGAGGUGAUUUUUCUCAUUUUCUCUACCGCCGCAAUAGUUUUGCUGUCAUUAGAGGAAGGCCGCGUUGCCUUUCGCCUCCUGUCUCUCAGAAAUCUUCGCGCAGCGAUAAAGAGUAGUAUCCAGUAUGGUAGGAAGAUGUCACUCAGGAGGUCCAAUCUGAAAGCAGCAAGCCAGCAGAUCGAUGCAAAUACAAGAAAAGGCAAGUGUCUGCGCCAUGGCCAGGCCGCUUACAACGAAAUCAAGACCGAAUAAAAAAUCUUUGCGGACAGCCUAACCAUUUCCGCCUGCAGCAGGCGAGGGUAGAUCACGAGAACCAUCUUAAUCAGAAUUGCGAGGUAUCCGUUGAGCGUCGGUGGCCCCUCCUGCGUCGACACACAUAUAUAUCGACACACAUAUACAUACUUCCUUUUACUUGUUUUCGAAGCUCACUUUCAUCGAUCUCGCAAGCUUCGAAAUGAGCGAGAUAAUGGGUAGCAUGGCAAGGACGAAUAUGAGCGCCCUUCGCGUCUUGUCAGCAUCAGUUGUCGUUGCUUUUACUGUAGAGCGUACGAAGUGUCCCAGCACGCCCAGAGCUACAAUGCCCGCCGCGCAGGCAGUGCCUGCUUUGACUGCAUAGCCCCACUUGUUCCUGACGCCCAGCGACUUUGCAGCUGUGUAGAAGUGUGCGUACGGCCAUAUCAAGGAGCACACCAAGAAAAGCCAAAAGACGCAUCGUAGCGAGCGGCGAUCCCAAUGAGCGUGAUAAGCCACCGAAACCAUAAUGCUGAGCGUUAAGGGUGUUACGACCAACCACCAUGACGUCUUGAGGCGUGAUAUGAUCUUGGGCAGGUUGCAUCCAUCGGUCAGGUGGAGAAGGAAGAGGUAGACCGUCAAGACCAUCACAGCCCGGCUAACGAUGUCAAAGGUGAGGCCGACUACGGUUGAAUCACAGGCGAAGCCCAUAGCGAUCACAUAGAGGAUGAAAAUGCCCGCAAGUGCCAUGCCCCUGAGCAGCUUCCUCGUAGUGACUUUGAUGACUUGACAGACAGUCACACGGAGGGGCCCAGGGUCAAAAGUGGCGCCCACUAGCACCUGCUGCGAGCUGCCGUCGGGUCUUAAGACCGUCUCGUAUGUAAGCCUUGUCUCCUUCUCUUCAUAAGCAGCGUCAUAGCCUGCCGCCUCGCGAAACCUGCCAAUGGGGGAUGCAGCGACGAGACAUGACACAAAAAAGGGGCCACCCUGCACUUUUCGCAGUGGUUCUUCUCUUAUUGCUCACUCGUGCACCAAUGCAUUAAGCGCCUGCUCCUCUCGUGGCAACGCAUGACCCUCCUCUGCGUAAUCUUCAUUGGCGUCCACGUUGUUCGCGUCAUCGGCCAUGCUCGAUCGUCUCAUUGUUGCGGCUGUAGUGACUGACGCGAAGGUCGCUCGUCUCUCUUGCUUCUCGUCGCCGAGCUCAGCUGCCGUGAUAGCAACGGGCUCUCCACUCUUAGUAGCCACCGCGCCGUCAGUGUCAUGCUUGUGUUCUUCGCCUGUCAGGUGGCCGGCUGUAAGGGUACUUUGCGGCGAGAACCUGAGCGUCACCUCGGACACAGUGGCGCAUGGCUCGUCACCGUAGGCUUGGGAAGGCCUUGCGGUCUCCCAAAUGGGAUGAUCAUCCGACACGGACGAAGCCCCCCCGCUGAUCUCUGUCAUCAAACAGCGGAAAGAAAGGCCCCAUGUGAUUGCUCCUUGUGUGUUCAUUCAUCAAUCAUUCAUUCGUGGCAGGGGGGUGACUGACCUCUUCGUAGACCGUUAUUCAUGGACCGAAAGUCGUCUUGACGCCGCCCCUCACCUCCGUCAUUGCUUUGUACACAGCCCGCAUCCAUUGGGGUCUGCCGAUUCAGUGCCGAAUCUGCCACACUCAUCGGCGGUGACUCGACUGUCUCAGCCUCUUUGCCAUAUACAUGCUGAUCUGAAGCUGUCUGAAGCACUUUGCCGUAUACAUGCUGAUAUAGUGCCCACUUAUC